AUGACACUUUACAUGAAGCAUUUAUUAAUUGGCUUUAUUGGAUGCUUAUUGGUUUUAAUGGUGGUUCAUUCCAAACUACAACAAGAACAACAAGUAUUCCAAGACCUCGACAACAAGGUAUCCAACUCGGUCAAGUUAUUCUUUGGUGAAAAGUACACUCAAGAUUCUAUUCAACGUUCACAACUCAUUAACAAACAACUUGGUCUUAACAAUAACAAUGAACAACAACAACAACAACAACAACCAACAAUACUCCCCAAACCAGAUACAAAACGUACCAAGUUAUGGGUAUUUUUAAAUGAAAAGGAAGGAAAGGAUGUAUUGCUCAAGUCGAGCACUUCUACCACUUCCUCCAACAAGAUGGUAUCCAAUACUGCCAACUUGAUUAAUAACAUUCAAUCAAUUGAUCGUCGUAUUCGUCGUGGUCAAUUUGAACAACAACAACAAAAACAACAACAAUCCUCACAAACAUCAUUAAAACAUCAACAACCAACAAAAAUGAUUGUAAAUGAAAAGGAUUUGCCAAUUUCAGAAUCAAUUGUAGAUAGAAUCAUGAAAUGCGAUCGAAAUGAUGCACAAUUGACUGUACAUCACCGUAUUAAAUGGAUUAAUGCUAUUUCAGUGUCUCUAUCUACACAGACAUCGUCGACUGUCGCUUCAGAAGUUCUUCGUUGUAUCUCUGGCAUUUCACAGGUUGAUCGUGUCGAGUUGGUCAACCGUUUCUACAAACCAAAGUUUGACAAUGACAAUGAAGAGCUUGACAAGUUGGCUGCACACAUUCAACAAGAAAACAUUCUCGUCGAGGCUGACAUUGCCCCCCGUCGUCGUAUCUUGUCGUCGGACGAACAAGAUCGUGCCUUUUACAACAACACAUUCAAUGCUGCCACUCAAAUCAAUGUACCAGUUGCACACUCGAAUGGAUACAAUGGCACUGGUGUCAUUAUUCUCAUGAUGGACUCUGGAUACCUAAAGAACCACACUGCAUUUGCCCAUCUCACCUUCCUCGACGAAUAUGACUUUGUCGACAACAAAACAGACACUCAAGGUCCAAUGGGUGACCCACAAAACACUCAUGGAACUGCCACCCUCUCUACUAUUGGUGGCUUUGUCCCAGGUGUUAUGGUCGGUCCUGCUUAUCUAGCUCAUUAUCUUUUAGCCAAAACUGAAGAUACAUCUGCAGAAUACGUUGAAGAAGAGGAUAAUUGGAUUGCAGCAGUUCAGUGGGGUGAAGAGAGAGGAGCUGAUAUGCUCUCUAGUUCACUUGGAUACACUGAUUGGUACAAAUACUAUCAAAUGGAUUCUAAACACGCUCCCAUUACCAUGGCUGCUGACGCUGCCGCAGAGAGAGGUAUGACAGUGGUUGUAUCGGCUGGAAACAGCGGUGAAAAGGGUAUUGGUGCACCUGCAGACGGUAUGAAUGUGCUUGCUAUUGCUGCCAUUGACCAACAUGGAAACACUGCCUCGUUUAGCUCGCGUGGUCCAAGUUCAGAUGGUCGUGUCAAGCCUGAUGUAUCGGCAUUGGGUGUAGCCAACUUUGUCGCAUCUGCAUCUGACGCAAGAUACUAUACUCGUAUGAGUGGCACUAGUUUUGCAUGUCCCAUGACCGGUGGAGCUGUCGCACUCAUCCUCCAAGCACAUCCCAACUGGACACCCGCAAUGGUGUACGAAGCGAUCACCCAAACUGCUUCACACCCCGAAAUGGCUGACGUGCAACAAGGUUUCGGUAUCGUCAACACGUGGGCUGCCAUCAACUAUGUACCCACCAAUCUCAGCACACAUGACUCUUGCGACACUGUCGGCUGCUCAGGUCACGGUGGAUGCUGUGACGGACAGUGUGCAUGUGCCGCCGACCGUUACGGAACAUUCUGUCAAUUUGAAAAGGUUGCAUGUGGCGCUGAAUGUCUCUUCCGUGGUGGAAAGUGUGUAUUGGACCAAUUUGACUUUAGCUAUGUGUGUGGUGAUAUUAAUGGACCAUCUCAUGUAAACCAAACCAUCACAUGUGACGUAUGCACUGAUGCCAAGGUCGAUGUAUGUGGGGUGUGUGGAGGUGCCGGAAAAUCAUGUGUUGGAUGCGACGGUGUCCCCUUUUCGGGCAAGGUCGUUGACGUGUGUGGUACCUGUGGCGGUAAUGGUGCUUGCAAGGCUGUCGUACCUGAACCUGACAAUGCUGACAACAAAAACACCCGUCUCAAAAUCAUCAUUGGAUCUGUCAUUGGUGGAACCGGUUUCCUUCUCAUCAUUGGUGCCAUCAUCAUUGUAGCCAAAAAGAAUAGAGAUAGAAAAGGAAUGGAACCAUUUCUCGGCUUUCCUGGAAGAGGCUACGAAACAUUAAGAACUGAAGAUUUUGAAUAUUAA